AUGUGGGGAAAUGAUAACUUCUCCUUGUGGCGCGCAGCUUGUCGUCCCCGCGGGGCCAGGCGCUCGGCGGGGCGGCCGCGGGCCCCGCGGUGCACGGCGGCGGCGGACGCGCGGUGGCGCCUGCGGAGCGCCCAGCGCGGGGCACUGCGGCGCGAUCCGGAGCGCCGGCAGCGCUGCGGAAACCCGCAGCCGGGGGUGGGGGAAGAGAAACGAAAAGCAGCCCUGACCGCGGAGGUGUCAAGGGGAAAGCAAGGCGUUUUAGGGUGGCUCAUCCGUCGCCUCCCGGCGUUCUCGCGCCAUCCCCGUUUAUCGCUCGGUGGCGAGCUCCCGCCCUGGCGGGCAUGCCAGGUGCCUCUCGGCGCGGUGCUUCCGUCCGCCCGGCGGGGCAUACAGCCCGCACAAGCGGCGGAGCGCUGCCCAUCGCGGGGUGCUCAUUUUGUGGAGUUUCUGCCCCUCUCUGCGUCAGCCCCACGUCACUUUGCCGGCAGCUCCCCGUCUUGGGCUGGAGCAGGAGCCGGAGCUGCUUUAUUAUCAGCUGGAGGGAGGAGGAGACGGUGCGUAAAGGGGCGAGCGCGGAGCUCUGAGCCCCGCCGCCGCUCGCUGCGCCUCCCUCGCCGUCCCUCCGGCGGGCAGCGGCCGCCCGAGCCCCCGCAGAGAGGAGCGCAGCCUCCGCCACCUGCCCCCGCCGCCCCGCGCGUUUUGCAGCAUCAUCGGCAGCAGCCGCGGGGGCAGGCGGUGCCGCUGUCCGCCCGCGGGGCCAGGGGCAGGUGCCGCGCCGGAGGCCCCGCUCGCCGCUGCCCGCCGCGGCGCCCGGCUCCGGCUGCGCCGCCCCGCGCAGCGCCCGCGGCCGUCAGCGCCGCGGGGCGCCCGUGGCUGCGGCUGCGGCUGCGGCGCGCCCAUGUGAGCCCCGGCCGCGGCGUGCCCGCCCGCGGCGCGGAAGGCUGCGCACCCUCCGGCCGUGCGCCCCGGCGGCGGCGGCGGCGGGAGCAGGAGGAGGCCGUCGGGGCAGUGCUGAAGUGA